ACUGGGGACAUCUACCUCCUCUUUUCUUCACUCCCUCGUUUUCCCUCUUCUUAUCACCUUCACAAUUUUCUCUGGAGCAAACAUACAUAAACCUCUCAUAGAUCAACUGUGAUUAUAAGCCACAAGUAAACCUCCGAAUCUGCUGUUUUCACUUCGAGAAACAUAAGUUUCUGCCCACACGUCUCGUGUGCGGAUUUGCUCGGAGGAGGCCGGAGGCUAUGCAACCUUGCUGGUGGGGGCUGCAGCGGCUACGGCGGAGCGGUACAUCCAAUGCGGAGGCGGAAUCAGGUCGUUGAUGGCCGUUCUGCAAAUGAAUUGGCAGCCGAGCCUCCUCAGGCAGAAACGCAAAUCGAGUCCUCCCUUAGGGCUCAGAAACCUAGGCAACACAUGCUAUCUUAAUUCCGUCCUCCAGUGCCUCACCUACACACCUCCUCUCGCGAAUUUUUGUCUCCAAUCCCUUCACUCGUCCUCAUGUGAUGUGGCCCGGGAGAAGAAGAGCGAGUGCCCUUUCUGUAUUCUAGAAAAGCGAAUUGUUCGGUCUUUGAGUGUAGAUUUGCCACUGGACAGUCCUUUGAAGAUUAAUCGCUGUUUGAGGAUUUUUGCACAGCAUUUUAGAACAGGGAUGCAGGAGGAUGCACAUGAGUUUUUGCGGUAUGUGAUUGAUGCCUGCCACAACACAUGUUUGCAGUUGAAGAAGCUGCAGCAACAGAGAAAGAAGGCUGGAAAUGGAAAUGCUACCAGCGGGUGUGGGAAUGAGAGUACUAUUGUUAAGGAAAUUUUUGGAGGUUCUUUGCAGAACCAGGUAAAGUGCCUAUCAUGUGGUGCUGAGUCAAAUACUGUAGACGAGAUCAUGGAUAUCAGUCUUGAUGUUUUGCACAGUAGUUCUCUGAAAGAUUCUCUGCAGAAAUUCUUUCAGCCAGAAAUUUUGGAUGGUAAUAAUAAGUACAAGUGUGAUAAGUGUAAUAAAUUGGUGACUGCACGGAAGCAGAUGUCAUUACUUCAAGCACCAAAUGUUCUUGUUAUUCAGCUCAAGAGGUUUGAAGGUAUAUUUGGUGGGAAGAUUGAUAAGCUUAUUAAUUUUGAGGAGGUUUUAGUGCUUUCAAGCUACAUGUGUGAAGAAAGCCAGGAUGCACAUCCAGAUUACAAGCUUUUUGGUACCAUUGUGCAUUCAGGCUUAUCACCAGAUUCAGGACAUUAUUAUGCAUACAUUAAGGAUGCAAUGGGCUAUUGGUACUGCUGUAACGAUUCUUAUGUCUCACAUUCGAGCUUGCAAGAUGUUCUUUCAGAGAAGGUUUAUAUUUUGUUCUUCUCCCGUGCUAAACAUAGGCCACCAUCUGUGAAAAAAUGCUCUCCAUAUAAUGGUUUGAAGAAUAAUGUUACCAAUGGCAUUGGCAAAUCUGAGAUCCCCAAAGGCCCUUCAGAAAAUCCUGUAAAUAUUAAGCAGCUUUCUGGUCACCAGCCAGAGAUAGAUAACUCAGCUAUUUUGGAAGUUGAUAAAGCUCCAGGUGUCUUAGAAAAAGAUAACAUAAAGAAGCUGUGUUCUCCUCGAAAUAAAAAAGUUGUUGCUAAUCAAAUAGAGUCUGGAAAUAAAAAUGGUGCUCAAAGAGACUUGGUUCAUUCACCUAAAGCAGCAAGGUUGUCACCACAUAGAAAUGGUUCUAGUAAAACUAUUGUCAGUGGAAAGACAACAAGAUCACCUUCUUUAGCCAACGGUAACAGUAAUCUCGAGACUGUAACAUCUGAUAUCUUAGAGGGUGGACUCUGUAAAGAGAAUGGUCAUAGCGAUAAAGAGACUGCUAACCAAAAGGAGUUGCUUAAUGGUAAUGUGAAAUCGUUGUCAACUAACUCAAGUCAAAAGAGAAAAUCGCCAGAAUCAAGUGUUCUAUUAUCGGGGGAUGCUCACUUCUCAUUGAAGCUGGAAGCAUUGAAGAAAGAACUGAUGGAAGAAGCGUCCUCGGUGCUGCGAUCCUGUGGCUGGACUGAAAAUGUCCAUACUUUCAUGCAUGCUAAGAAAAAGAUGCGUGCACAAGGAGUCAGGAACACAUCAGAUUAUGAUGAGGAAAAGAGGUUGUUGAUUGCAGAUGCCAAACCAACUUUUAUUUCGCAAAUUCCCGAGUCAUUGAAGGCUAAUCUUAUUAACCGUCUGAAAUCUUUUCACCAAAACCACAAGCACACAACCGCUACUUGAGCUCUUGGUCUGUAAAAGUGAAGUGACGGGGAAAACAUUAUAUAGCUAGUGAUGCUCUUCUUGUACAAUACAAAGAAGAGAUGGCAGUGGAAGAGAGGUGAGUUUUAGUUUAGUUAGCUUUUUUCUAUGAAUAUUAAUUACGGAAUACUUUGCUACUGGAUGAGUAAAAACUGCUGAGAACAAAUGGUGGAAGUUUUUUAUGUUCUUUAAAAAAACCUGACUGUUUUUUUGACAUUGCUUUACAUAAAGGAUCUAUCUGGCUGCUGUAUUACAUAAAGGAUUUAAAACUGAUUUUCAUUGCCAGCUACUGAUUGAUACUCCGUGUGAAGUGAGAUUAGAAUACUGAAUCUGUACUUGUAAUAUCAUCCAUUUGUUAUAACUUGUAAAUCUUACAAUGAGUUUUUUUACUGACAUUUGGAUGGCUCUAGACAUGCAACUUUAUUGUCGAUUGCAACUUCUGUCGAGACAGGAAAUUCUAGUUCUUCGCGAACAUAAACCUUUGUGGAUAUU